CCACCUACCUUUUCCUCACUAUAAAUACCACUCUAUAAUGCUCUUCCAUUCAUUGCUUCAGUCUAAUCCAACACAUAUAGCCCCUCUUUGAUCAACCACUUUAGUCCAUUUCUUGCUUGAAUCCUUUAGGAUUGUCGCAAGUAAAAGAAGAUCAGGAGUGAGAAAAAUGAAGCUUGUCUUUGCAACUCUCCUGUUUGUGUCUCUUGUCCUCAGCUCCUCUUUCAUUCAGACUACAAUGGCUGGUUCAAGUUUCUGUGACUCCAAGUGUGGGGUGAGGUGUUCAAAGGCGGGGCUGCAGGACAGGUGCUUGAAGUACUGUGGGAUUUGCUGUGAAGAGUGCAAUUGCGUGCCUUCUGGGACUUACGGGAACAAGAACGAGUGCCCUUGCUAUAGGGACAAGAAGACCUCCAAGGGCAAGCCCAAGUGCCCUUGAGAGUUUCUGAGCCUAAUAUCAAUACGAACAGCAGAGUCAUGGACCCCUUAAAUUAUAUCUAUAUCUACAUGAACAUAAUCUAUUUAUGUGGUGAUUCAUAGAUUAAUAUUACAUAACUAGGAAGAUUGGCGUAUUUAUGGGUGCUGAUUAGCAAGGGAAUAAUAGAAGGGAUGUUUUGGCUCUCUUUAUAAGCUUUAUAUGUUCGUGUGAUGCUCCUGUUGUAGACAUUGUCUGAUGGUGCCCAUGGCUCUCUUUCAAAUCUGGUGAGGAAUCAUAUAUUGUACUAGCUAUCGGUUUGAACUUCCUAAUAAUAUAAUCAUUUACUAGAUGAAGUGGAAACUAAAGAAGAAGCAGCCUUUUUUUUAACAUUUGAGGAUUUUUUUUUUUGUAAUGGUUGAAAAUAUCUGAAUCAGUUUAUACGC